CGCGGGGCCCUUGCUGCCGACUUCUGGUUCCCGGGACGAUCGCUUGGGGUUUAUUUUGAACAUAUGUUACAAGUAUGGCUGUCUCUCUUAUUAUAAAAUGGGGUGGGCAGGAAUUUUUGAUAACCACCUUGUCAGAAGAAGACACAGUUUUGGAUCUCAAGCAGUCUCUCAAAGGACUUACUGGAGUGCUACCAGAGCGCCAAAAGCUUCUUGGACUUAAAGUGAAAGGCAAGCCAGCAGAGAAUAAUGUUAAACUUGGAUCGCUAAAAUUGAAACCAAAUACUAAAAUCAUGAUGAUGGGGACUCGUGAAGAAAGCUUGGAAGACAUCCUUGGACCACCCCCUGAUAACGAAGAUGUAGUCAAUGAUUUUGAUAUUGAAGAGGAAGUUGUUGAGGUAGAGAAUAGGGAGGAGAAUCUGCUAAAAAUCUCCCGCAGAGUUAAAGAAUACAAAGUGGAAAUAUUGAAUCCUCCACGAGAAGGGAAGAAAUUGUUGGUCUUGGAUGUUGAUUACACGCUGUUUGACCACAGGUCAUGUGCAGAAACUGGCAUUGAGCUGAUGAGGCCAUACCUUCACGAGUUCCUGACAUCUGCCUAUGAAGACUAUGAUAUUGUAAUUUGGUCUGCUACUAAUAUGAAGUGGAUUGAAGCUAAAAUGAAAGAGCUGGGAGUGAGCACCAAUGCAAACUACAAGAUAACCUUCAUGUUGGAUAGUGCUGCCAUGAUAACUGUGCACACUCCAAGGCGAGGAUUAAUUGAUGUAAAACCUCUGGGGGUAAUAUGGGGCAAAUUUUCAGAGUUUUACAACAAGAAAAAUACUAUUAUGUUUGACGACAUUGGACGAAAUUUUCUGAUGAAUCCACAAAAUGGACUAAAGAUAAAACCCUUCAUGAAAGCACAUUUAAACAGAGAUAAAGACAAGGAGCUUUUAAAACUUACUCAGUAUCUCAAGGAAAUAGCAAAAUUAGAUGACUUUUUGGAGCUGAACCACAAACACUGGGAAAGGUACCUUUCAAAGAAACAAGGACAGUAGCUUUCAUUUGUGACAUUGAAACCAAAGGAACAUGGAGACCUUUUGACCUUUCCUUUUGUGUAAGCUAGAAAAAAGUAGUGCUGGACACUAACUUGACGACCAGAUUGACUGCUUAUACCUGGUCUUCCCUUUGGUUUGCUCUAGGUAUUUCUGUCUGUCUCUCUCUUCUGAAGAUCACCGCUAACAACAGAAAGGAAAACUGGUUGCUCUUUCUUUCAUUUAUCUCUGGUAUUACCAUUGAGAACAAUGUCACUUUUACUGCCACUAUAAUAUCCCCACAUUUGUGAAGACUACCAUGUUUUCAAAGGGGAAAAAGAGCAAAUAUUCAGACCAAAAAAUAAAAAUCCUCAAACCCAGAAGUUUACUACAGAGCUAGUUUUGGCAUUUUCAGUUCUAGAAACAGUUUCCCAUCCCUGUUAUGGUAUUUAAGUCUAUGAACUAUAAGCUGUCUAAUUAUGUAUUAGUAUGUCAAGUGUUCUUUUGUGCAAGACAGUUUUAAGGACGGAAAGCGCCACUGGAGGGCAAAGAUGCCUUCAUGUAUAGAUCUUGAUGAUAAAACUGUUAUGAGAGGAGAGGAGGAGGAAUUACGAAAAACAACAACCCACCCCAAUAUUUCUUAACGCUUGGUUAAAAAAACAUUCCUUUCCUUUUUUAAAAAAAAGAUAUUUCCAACCAGAGGAAAGGUUUAAACCUGAAGAGAGCCAAGGAUUAACUCCUUAAAGCAUGAACAUUUAGUUGUUCUGUUCUAGUGAAAUCCUUCCAGGAUACAAAUGCUCUCUUGAUGGCAAUAUUCCACCCCAGCUAUUCUAAAGCAUCACUUAACUUGGGCUGCUCCAACCUGCACUGUGGAAGUGUGAUGUGUCCACUGUCUUGCAUUGCUGACAGUCCCUCAUCAUGCCUGUCUUGUAUUUGAAAGCAGACUGCUCCUUUCAAAUUCAGAUAGCAUAUAUUGUUCUUAAGGACAGGUGUGCUACUUAUAAUAAUAAAAAU